AUGGACGGGAAUUUCCAAGACUCAUCUGGGGAUGAGGCUAUGGAGAAAUCGGUCGACGUAGAGACUCCGGCAGACCCAGAUCCUAAGGAUUUGAAACGAGAAGAUAUUCAACGAGCAUGCAAAGAACGUGACGUCGAAGCGCUGGUGGAGCAUGCGACUUCGAAAGAUGGCUUGCUGGAUGAUGAGCUUCGUCAAUCAGCAUGGCCCAUCCUCUUAGGAUGCGAUCAGACUGCAGAGACAGCAGAUGCUCCAGCAUGGAAUGAUCUACCGCGGCAUCGGGACGAGGACCAAGUCAAGCUGGAUGUGGACCGGUCCUUUGUAUACUAUCCGAACUGUCCACAGAAGGAGCUCUGUGACAGGAAGCAGGAGCUCUCAGAUUUGAUCACAGAGACUCUCCGAAGAUAUCCCAUGCUUUGUUACUUUCAGGGGUAUCACGACAUCGCGCAGGUGCUGCUCCUAGUCUUGGGUACGCAACUAGCUCGUCAGGCAUUUGUGCGAGUGUCCCUUUUCCGAAUCCGAGACUACAUGCUUCCCUCGCUCUCUCCUGCCGUGAAGCACCUUCAGCUGAUCCCUGCUAUACUGGAGAGCACGGACCCUAAGUUGCGCCGACAUCUGGCGGGGACGCAACCGUUCUUCGCACUGGCAGCCACCCUGACCUGGUAUGCUCACGACAUCCAGGAGUAUGGAGACAUUGCGCGGCUCUAUGACUUCUUACUCGCACACGAGCCGGUGGUGGCCAUCUAUCUCUUUGCGGCCAUCAUACUGUCCCGCAGGAAAGAGCUCUUGACCAUCCCGGUGCGCGAACCAGAGAUACUUCACUUCACGCUUUCCAAGCUUCCUCAGCCUCUCGAUCUCGAAGGACUGAUUAUCAGCUCUCUGGAAUUGUAUCGCGCCCACCCUCCUGAAUCCCUGCCAUUUCGAGCUUGGCAGCGGAUAUCGCGGCAUAGCGCCCUCAAGACAUCGCGGAAACUCGCGCUCGACAGCCCGACAGAGGAGGCCGAAAAGCUGUUCGAUCUGCAAACACGGGAGCUGCGGCGCGAAGAGUUCCGAAAGAGGACGUAUGCCGUGAUGUGGAGGUACCGAAAACCGGCCGGUUCUGUCGCGUUAGCAAUACUGAUCGGACUGGUCUCCUUUUACAUCCGGCGGAAUGGCCUCGACACAUCGAUUUGGAACUACGUCGGCAAGUUCAAGGAAGCAUUUCACUAUGCGAGGUGGUAG